UCUGGAUGUUCGGUGACUUGGUCCGGGUGGCAGCAGCGAUGGCGGCUCUGACUGACGUGCAGCGGCUGCAGGCUCGAGUGGAGGAGCUGGAACGCUGGGUGUACGGCCCUCACGGGACUCGAGGCUCGCGGAAGGUGGCUGAUGGUCUGGUCAAGGUGCAGGUGGCUUUAGGGAACAUUGCCAGUAAGAGGGAGAGGGUGAAGAUUCUGUACAAAAAGAUUGAAGACCUGAUCAAAUACCUGGAUCCUGAAUACAUUGAUCGAAUUGCUAUACCUGAUGCCUCUAAGUUGCAGUUCAUCUUAGCAGAGGAGCAGUUCAUCCUUUCCCAGGUUGCACUCCUGGAGCACGUGGAUGCCCUUGUGCCCAUGCUGGACAGUGCUCCCAUCAAAGCCGUUCCUGAGCAUGCUGCCCACUUGCAGCGCCUGGCCCAGAUCCACAUCCAGCAGCAGGAUCAGUGUGUGGAGAUUACUGAGGAAUCCAAGGCUCUCCUGGAGGAAUACAACAAGACUACAAUGCUUCUCUCCAAGCAAUUUGUGCAGUGGGAUGAGCUACUUUGCCAGUUAGAGGCAGCAAAGCAAGUGAAACCAGCAGAAGAAUGACAGCUCCUCUCCAUCCCAGGGCAGCCACAUUGCAGGACCCUGUGCCUAUCUUAUAUAACAGGGCAGAAGCAGCUUUGUAUUUAUUGGCUUCAAGGACCAACUGUCUGUACUCAAGUAAGGCUCUGAGGUCAGAGGUUAAGUUUCCUGAAAGAUGUGCUUUGCACCCCAUCAGUGUAUUUAUUCCAGUGACAAUAAACUGUACACAUCA